AUUUUUACCUGUUCGCGCUAAAGCGCACGGUUCAUAUUGGGUCUUUAGCUGGGACGUGUCAGCUGGUCUUGGGUGUGAGCCACGGAGGUUAACACCACUGUUUCCCAGCACAUGGGCGUAACCAGUCAGGUGUUUCAAGGAGAGCACUUGCACUGUAGGCCCUUUGUAAAAAAGGGGUUACUUUUAAGUCGUAGACGCCCAAGUUUUAGGCCCUAUCCGUUGAACAGAAACAGAUAAAGUGAGAGAGGAGGAAGUAAGAGUAGGAGAGGUGGAGGAAGUUAGGAAGGACUAACUGAACUGCUCAAUUUCAAUUUAUGUCUGGCAGAAUGAAAGAGACGCGGUUUCUGCUGCUGUUAAGUGUGUGCUACAUCACACUACGGUCUUGUCAGGGAGCAUGUGAGCAGUCCUUUCAGUGCCCGGAGGGAUGGGUGCGUAGAGAGGCUCAGUGUUUUAAAGCCUAUAGUCUUCAGAUUGGAUGGAAAGAUGCAUCAGGAGUUUGUGAAAGGCAUGGUGCCAGGUUAGUGACUGUCAAGGACAGAGAGACUGCUGAUUUUAUAGCUGGUGUUGUGAGAAAUGCUAGUGUGAACACAUCCUACUGGAUAGGUUUAAAGAGUGAAGAUAACUUAGUAGAAGGAGAAUGGAGAAAUGGCCAGGAAAUGUCACUCCAGUAUGGUUUCUGGUACGGGGAUGAGCCAAAUACAGCUGAAGAAAAACUCUGCACAUCAGCCCUGCAAAAUGAGGACAACACUUGGAAGAUGGAGAAAUGCACGGAAGUAAAGCUGCCUUUCGUUUGCAUGUCUGUUGCUUGCAUAAAUGACUUCCUUCACUGUUUUAAUGACCAGUGUGUGCUGUCUUCAUUGAGAUGUAAUGGUGUAGAUGACUGUGGAGACAUGACAGAUGAAAUGAUGUGCAGUGAUCUGAACAGUGAAUAUAUGUAUAGUGAGAGUGGAGGUAAUAUUAAAUAUCCAGCAUCAGGCUCAUACAGCAACAAAGAGAGUAAGACAUGGACUCUCAAAGCCCCCAGUGGUAAAAGAAUAAAGCUACAGUUCACAGAGUUCAUCACAGAGUCUCAGCAAGACUACCUUCAAAUCUGUGAUGGUGGCCCAACAGAAAGCUACUGUACAGUAAUAGAUACAGUAUCUGGGGAUAAAUCCAGUUCAUUCAGCUACACCAGUUCCACCAACUAUUUCUUACUCAAAUUCUUCAGUGAUGAGUCCGUCACAAGGACGGGGUUCACUAUACAAUGGACUGUUGUACCCAGUCCAGAGGGCGCCACACUGACUGCAGUUAACCAGCCUCAGAUGAUCACCAGUCCUGGGUUUGGAACACAGUAUAAUGGAAAACUUAGGACAACAUGGGUUAUUACUACACCAGUUUUAAGACAGAUCUUAACCUUACAUUUUCAUUCGAUCAAACUGGCUGCUAGGGAUGACUACCUUUACAUAAGGGAUGGAAACAGUCCCUAUUCUUCAAAAUUGUUGGAAUAUCGGGGUCCAGUUGAUGAAGUGGACCACAUCAUAUCAUCUACUGGGCAGUCCCUGUACAUUUAUCUUCACACAGAAACUAUGAAUGCUGAAGGAGGAUUUAAUGCAUCUUAUUUCCAAGGUUGUGAUGUCCAGUUAACCACCAGUCAGGGGAUGAUAAUGUCUCCAGGUUACACCAUAGGAAGUUAUCCCAACUCUGCCCGCUGUACCUGGAAUAUCUCCACACCUGGAAACCAGCCAUUUGCUCUGGACUUCCAGGAAUCUUUUGAAUUGGAAAGUGGUGUUGAUUUCCUGAAGAUCUACAAUGGUACUGACACCAGCUCUAAUGCCCUCCACAUUGGCAGUGGGUUUACUGGCACAGUGUUGCCAUCUACAGUCCAUUCAUCAUCAGGAGCUAUGUUUAUUGAGCUUACAACCAGUGCAGUGAUUGCAAUGAAAGGAUUCAUGGCUCGAUUCUCUAUUGAUUGUCCCCAGGAAUUAAUACAGUUCAACUCCUGGACAAAUAUCCAGCCCAGCAAUGCUCUGUCCACAAUGUACACAGCUAACUUUAAUGUCAGCUGCAUGCAUGGCUAUGACUUUGAGAACCAGGAAUACAACCAACAAGAAUCAGUCAACAUGCAGUGUCUCUAUGGAGGAAAGUGGAACAUCCUCAGAAAACCAGUCUGUAAAUUACACUACUGUGGCUCCUUGGGCAGUCAGAACAACAUCCCCCAUGGCUACCUGUCCAACACCACUGGAGUGCUGUAUGGAGAUCAGGCAUACUAUGUGUGUUUUGCUGGGUUCACUCUCAAUGGUUCCAACCCUGUGAACUGCACUGAGGAAGGCUGGGUCAGCAAUGACUUCCCGCGAUGUGAAGCUCCAUUGUGCACCCCAAGGCCACAGGUGCCUAACUCUAACCUUGAGAUCACAGGGGACCUAAUAGCCAAAUAUACAUGUGACAUUGGCUAUGAAUUGGUAGGAACUCCCACUGCAGUCUGCAAUAGGGACACCAAAAACUGGACUGCUGAGGCACCUGUUUGUCAAAGAAAACCCUGUCCAGCCCCAUACCCUGUGAUACGUCAUGCCUCCCUGAACAUCACAAACACCACAGGAGUUUUAUACUUUGAGGACACAGUAAUGGUGACAUGUGACAUUGGAUAUGAACUAGAGGUCAAUGUGUCCAAUAUACUGACUUGUAAUGCUGACCAGACAUUUGGGGAGCUACCCAGGUGCAUAGAUAUCAAUGAGUGUAACAGCACUAAUAAUGGUAACUGCAGCCAGAACUGUGUGAACACCCAGGGUUCCUAUCACUGUACCUGUAACCCUGGCUAUAGGACUGACCCCAUGGACCCCUUCCAGUGCACAGAUGUCCUUGAAUGUUCUAUGAACAGUGGGCGUGGUCAGUGUGAUGACACCUGUAAUGAGAUAAUUGGCUCAUAUAACUGUAGCUGCAGUCAGACAGGCACUACUCUGUUUAGCUCAAAUGGGACCAGCAGUUUCUAUAUUCCUGCAGUGGAAACAGGGUUGAUGUACAAUGAUGAAUUUUAUCUGAACCAUACCUGUGUCAAGGUAGAAUGUGGCUUACCCGUAAACGCCAGCAUGUUUGCUCAUCUCCAUGCACGCCCCCUGGAUGUCAACCUAGGCCGCCCCUUCCGUUACCAAGACAACAUCACAUAUCUGUGUGAUAUAGGGUAUGUGUUGGUGGAUGGCAGCAACAAGAUGACACUGACCUGUGGUCAAGAUGGACAGUGGAGUGGGGGACUCCCUGAAUGUCAAGCUGCUAUGUGCAUGGAAGAGCCUGUUCCCAGUGGUGCUAUUGCAGGAACAAAUAACCUGACCUACCAGGCUGUAGGCGAGAUCACAUGUAACGUCUCCGGGGUCCGAAAUGAAACCAUUACUCGUUAUUGUCAGUAUAAUCAAACUUCAGACAGUUACAUGUUCACAGGACAGCCUAUUAGGUGUAAUGUUAUAGACUGUGGGCAGCCAGACACUAUAACAGGAGCCAAUAUAACAGUGGUGUCCACACUGUAUCCUAGCAGCUUUACAGUAACCUGCAAAGAUUUAUACAGCCUUGCUGGAAACAGCAGCGAGUAUGAUAACAUUGUGAGGUGUACAGCUGAUGGAUAUUGGGACUAUGGAGAUCUUCGAUGUGAAGGGGCCACAUGUAGUGACCCAGGGAGGCCUCCAGAUGGCAGACAGGUGGCAGUAGAUACCUAUGAGGAGGGUAAACUGGUUAGAUAUGUCUGUGACAGGCCAGGUUAUGAACCAGACCCUCCAUACCCCUUGCUGUGUGAGGUGGCAGGUUCCAAUCUUACCUGGAAUGCCUCUGCACCUACAUGUGUGGACAGGGAAUCACCAGUGUUUACCUUCUGUCCCGGACCUUUUACUGUGGCUAAGCUUUCUGAACUGUUUACCAUGCCAUUUCCCAAUGCCACAGACAACUCUGGGAUGAUACGGGACAUCCAGGUGUCCCCUGUGGACUUCCAUGGUUAUGGGAUGUGGAUAGAGCAGGACAUGAAUGUCACAUACACUGCCUAUGAUCACGCUAAUAACACGGCUACAUGUGUGGUUAACAUCAGGUUAAAAGACCAGGAGCCACCGGGCAUCAGCUGUCCUAACUCCACCACCCUGGUCAUCCUGGAGGACAACAGCCAACUGGUCAUUACACAGGGUGGACAACUGCAGGGUAACUACAGCACUAUGUUCAUGGCUAAGGCCACAGACAAUGUCACACCUAGAGGUGAGAUGACCUUCAUCUACAGUCCGCCCUCACAGACCUUGACCUCAGCUAUGGUGGACAAGAGGAUCACUUUCACAGCGACAGCUACUGACAUGGCAGGGAACAACGCUUCCUGUAGUUUUGAUGUGGUGCCUAGAGCCUCUCCCUGUAGUACAUGGUACCUGCCAACCCCAAAGUUUGGUACCAAGACCUGUACCACCAGUAAUACCACAACCAGCUGUACCACUAUAUGUAACAGUGGGUAUGGAUUCCAUGGUGGACAGGCUUCCAUUGUAUAUACAUGUGACACCUCAGCUGACCAACCAGAAUGGAGCAAUAAUGGAACUGUCCAGGAUUGCGUAGCUCCUGAGAUCAUGGCCAUCUACACAGUUUCAGUUCAAGACACCAGCUCUAGUACUCCUGGCCUAGUCUACACAACAGUUGAUAGCACAAUCCUCAGUAGCUGUAUCCAGCCCUAUAUCAGUGAACUGGAUGGUCUUAUUGCCAUUGUUGCCGCUAACCUGACAAAUCAGUGUCAAGUUAUUACUGGGCUAUCAAACAUUUACAUAGAAGUGAACCAAUCUACGACUGUUUCAAAUGUGGUUGGCAGGCAGCUAACAGUGCCUCUCACUUUAAGGAUUUUGCCAUCAAAUUUGCCGAAAGUCAGUGUUCUUGACUGUGUAGCUACCUUAGAUAGUCACAUAAGAUAUCUUGAGUCUGGAGCUAUGGAUAGAUUUAUGGCUGCAAGAGCCUUAGGUUUUGUGCCAGCUGUAGACAGUUGUGGACAACUAAAUCUACCCAGUGGUUCACGCUAUGAAGAUGUUGGAGGAUUUGUUUGUCCAACCAACUUGGUUAGAAAUGACCAACUUUGCUUACCCUGUCCUACUGGAACCUACCGGGAUGGAACAGCUUGCACCCCGUGUAGCCCUGGCCAGUACCAGGAUGAACAGGCACAGACUCAGUGCAAGAACUGUCCUGACGGGUUCACAUCUUUAUAUGCAGGGAGCAACAGACUGGACCAGUGCAUAGAGUACUGUUCAGAGGGGAUGAUAUCAGAUACAGGGUUGGCCCCAUGUACCAUGUGCCCUGCUGACACUUAUUUCUCUAACCAUACCCACUGCGCACCCUGCCCAGCAGGCACCACCACAAAUGGAGUAGAAGGCGCCAAGAACUCCUCAGGAUGCAAGACUGAAUGUAGACCUGGGUAUUUCUCCUACAAUGGGAGAGAGUCCUGUACUGCAUGCCCUCUGAACUUCUACCAAAACAGCACGGGGAAGACGACAUGUUCUCGGUGUUCCACAGACUCCGUCACGACCCAAGUGGCUUCCGAUUCCAUAGAUAAUUGCACCUCACAAAGUAGCUUGUGUACCAGGAAUGACACAUGUCAAAAUGGCGGCACCUGCACUGUAUUGGGUCAUGUAGAACAGUGUCUGUGUCCUGAUGGUUACACAGGGCAGUAUUGUGAGGACACCAUCAAUCCAUGUGAUUCCAAUCCUUGUUUUUAUAAUGGUACAUGCAUGCCACUAGGGGGUCUACAGUUCAGGUGUGACUGUUACUCAGCUAUUGUGUGCACUAUGGUUAAUGAGACCAGCAACCAGACCUAUAGUGGUGGGGCAGAUGAAGCUUCAACAGUACCCAGCCUUGCAGCUUGCCGGGAGAAGUGUGUUAAUAGUUCCCAAUGUUCAGCUAUCACCUUCUCUAGUUCCUCUGGCUCUUGCAUCAUCUUUUAUGCCCUCUCUGGAAGAGCUCUUACUGCCUCAAGCCAGGCUGUUGUCACUUUUACCAAAUCAUGUAGGAAUGUUUCAGACUUCAGUGGACAAUUUUGUGAGAGUGAAACUAAUCAUUGUUUGUCAAAUGACUGUCAAAAUGGAGGAAUGUGUCAAGAUUUAGUUGGUGGAUUCAAAUGUUUAUGUCCAUCAAACUCUAUCUAUUCUGGACCAAAGUGCACAGACUCUACCCCAGUGUGUGAUCAGCCAGCCAAUGCCUGUCAGAAUGGCGGGACAUGUCGUCCAAUCUUUGGGAACAUCCGCAGUGUGUGUAACUGUGUGGCAGGAUUCACUGGGAGGAACUGUGAGACCAACAUAGAUGACUGCGAGGCCAACCCAUGUCUAAAUGGUGGGGGCUGUACAGAUGGUGUGAACACACGCACAUGUAAUUGCACACAUGGAUAUACUGGAGUCAACUGUGAAACUCGACUUGACAUGUGUGCUGGGAUAACAUGUGCUGGCAAAGGAACAUGUGUAGAUGACUACACAUCUGGGAGAGUAAAAUGUCUGUGUGAACCUGGAUAUACUUCAGAUUUCUACUGGACAGAGUGGCUGGACAAUAGUCCCACUUCUGACGGGGAUGACCAGACAGUACAGACUUUGGGGUCUUCUGUGUGUGAAGGCAAAGUUCCUGUAGAGAUCGAGUGCCGUCUAAAGAACAAUAAGACUGUCCCGUACACGUCUGCUGGAGACGUCCUCCAGGUGGACUGUACUCCGCAGGGGGGACUUCUCUGUCUCCAUGGCAACCAGACUAACAACCAGACAUGCUCUGACUACCAGGUCAGGUUCCGCUGCACAGUGCCAGAUGAUACAUGCAGGCAAAUAAACCUGUGUAAUGCAGAACCAUGUGUGCGCGGCGCAUGCACCCCAGGGGAGAACACUUUCACAUGCACCUGUCCACCAGGCUAUAACGGAGCAAGGUGUCAACAUAACAUUGAUGAAUGUGCGUCUGACCCGUGCUUGAAUGGAGGCACCUGUAUAGAUGGCAUUAAUGGAUAUACAUGUACAUGUGCCACAGGGUUUACUGGUUCCAAAUGUGCCACUAAUAUAGACAACUGUGUUAACAAUACCUGUGACACUAUGGGGACCCUGCGCUGUGUGGAUAUGGUGGACAACUAUAGGUGUCACUGCAAACCAGGAUACACCGAUGUCAACUGCUCUACUGACAUUGAUGAGUGUGCCAGUAACCCAUGCUUUCACCAGGGAACCUGUGCACAAGGAGUUAACAGCUUUAAUUGUACCUGUCCCCCAGGCUGGGAGGGAGACAGGUGUGAGAGGAUGACAGACAUUUGUACCAAUACUACCUGUGGACGAGUGGGCACCUGUAUCAACCUCUUUAAUGAUUUCUUCUGCAACUGCACUGCUCCUUUCUAUGGCCGUACAUGUAGUGAAUCCCCUGAUGUGUGUGCCAUAGCUAACCCAUGUAUUAAUGGAGGAACUUGUGCUGUCUGGAAUAACUCCACUAGAUGUGACUGUCCACUGGGUUAUUAUGGUGAUGGAUGCCAGCUACAGCGUGACUACUGUCUGCCCAAUCCUUGCAGACACCAAGGCACAUGUACAGUGGACGGGUUAAAUUAUACAUGUGCUUGUGUUCCAGGUUAUGAUGGCAGAAAUUGUGAGGAUAAAAUUGAUUACUGCCAAACCAUGCCAUGUCCAGCAGGUGCUGAGUGUAUCAAUGAUGUCACCUCCAGGACCUGUAUAUGUCCCUUAGACAAGACUGGACCACAGUGCAACAAAGACAUUGAUAGAGACUUUUCCCUCUGUUUUUACUCAAAGAAGAAUGGAAUGGCAUCCACUGCAGCACCGUUCCCUCUGGGAAUCACCACUUUUUCUGUUGGGUUCUGGAUCAGGCUUUUUAAUGUCAGGGAUACUGGAACAUUCCUGACUAUAUAUGGUUCUGCGAGCAACACAACAGGAGCCAACAAGACAGUUUUCCUGCAGGCUCACAGUAGCGGCAUCAACAUCACUGAUCAGUACAUCCCCUUUGAUAUGUCCAUACUGAAUCAGCUUGGGGUACAAGACAGGAACUGGCACUACCUGAUGCUUCAGGUGGACAAUGGAAGGACAACUCUGUAUUUUGAUGGCUUUAGGAAUCCUACAACUGUCACGGCAGCAGGUGUUCCAAAUUAUGGUUGGAUCAUAGUAGGAAGUACUGAAGGCUAUGUGGAUGGAGGGACGGGAGGUUUUCAGGGCUGCCUGAGUCGUUUAGAUGUCUGGAGCAGUCUUGUAUCUUUGUCAGAUCUUUCUAAAUUGUAUGAGUUUAGGACAACAUUUUCUGUAUCUGUUCACUUGAUUGCAAGGCCAGUUGAAUUCAAUCUACAGGGAUUAGUUGAGAAAAUCUGGCCAAGCAACAUCACUCAAGAAUAUCCACUUCCCAGUGGUGUCCAGCUUGCAGUGUCCACAUGUCCAGCAGAUCAGCAGGUGGUCAGCAGACAGAGGACAGUGGAGGGGAACUGGCAGGAACCAACAUUCCAGGGUCAUCUGCCCAGUACUGUCAUCUCUAACUACAACAGAAGUUCAUCCUUUACUUGGGGCAAAUAUGAAGUUGUCUAUUCUGCCUGUGAUUCUAAGGGAGACUCUGUCAACUGUGGCUUCAGUUAUUAUGUGAAAUUUGAUGACUGUACGACCCCUGAUGCCCCACGUAAUGGCUACCAGAACUGUAGCUCCAGUGCAGAUGGCCAGUUUAAGACCUGUAUGGUGGCCUGUGACCCUGGACACGCCUUCCUUAAACCUGUGCCCAAGAUGGGCUACACCUGUGGGCCCUCUGGUGUCUGGGAUCGUAAAAACCCACAGGAGAAAUUCAUCUACCCUGCUUGUGGAGUUUUGGAAUCAAGUAAGGUUCGGAUCAAUUUCAUUCUUAGAGUGAGUCUAAGUGGAUUCGUUGACUGUAAUAAUGAGGGGCAGAAGAACACUAUGAUAGGUAACCUUAGAAACCGUGUCAUCACCCUGGCAAACACGUGGCAAGGAUUGUGCACUGCUUCAUGCGGGAAUGUGAAAAUAGUCAUCACUGCAUGUAAUACUUCAACAGCAAAGAGAAGAAAGAGGGCAACAGGAGAAGUGGCUACUGUGGAGUUUACCAUUGAAAAUGCAAAUGAAACACUGUACAAUGUUAGUAGUUCUGACAAUGCCACUGCAGUUAAUGUCAUAACUCAAGCCUUGCUGCAAGAUGGGCUGUUUGAUAUUAGUGAGAUUGCUAGCGGCACUUCCACAGAUACUACUGGGAGCAGUGUAGUUGUUCAGACUACUUGUAAUGAAGGUUUUCAAGUUGUUGGCACACAGUGUGUGCAAUGUACAGUUGGAACCUUAUACAAUAACAACACUGCCCAGUGUGAAGACUGCCCCACUGGUCAGUAUCAGAGUGGAAAUGGUCAGUUUAGCUGCACCCCAUGUCCACCUGGCCAGACCACUCUGGCUGUGGGUGCUGUUGAUAACACUUACUGUGUGGACCAGUGUGAGGCAGGGCAGCAGUACAAUGGCAGUGUCUGUGUUCCCUGUCCACUGGGUUUCUACCAGCCACAGGUUGGUAAAGAUUACUGCUUGGCAUGUCAGCCUGGGAAAACUACACAGAAUGUCAGCUCUGUCAAUGCAUCACAGUGCUUUGAUUCCUGUCCAUCUGGCACAGAGCUGAGCACAUCAGGUGAUGGGACAUGUGUGGUAUGUGACAUAGGUUUCUUCAGACUACAAGAUGUCCAACACAACUGUGUGGCCUGCCCUGCUGGCAAUAUCACCCUGAAUAAUGGAAGUACAAGUGUCCUAGACUGUAACAUACCGGCCUGUGGUCCAGGGUCCUUCAGGGACGGCUAUGUGUGUGAGGCGUGUCCAAUGGGGACGUACCAGGAAGUCAGGUGGCAGACCAGCUGUGUGAACUGUUCUGUGAGCUACUCUACAAGACAGAAUGCGACUUCCAACAGCAGUUUGUGUGAAUUUUAUUGCCCGGCAGGAUAUGAAGUGAAACCUACCUCAACUGACUGCGGUACACGCACAUGCACAGUGUCUGCUGACUGCCAGGCAUGUCCGCGUGCUUACUACAAAGAUGCUACUGACAAGUUUGGAAUGUGUUUGCCGUGCAAUGAGAAUUUCACCACUGAAGCCAAUGCCACUGUGUCUGAAAACUUGUGUAAUGUCCGUAACUGCUCUGAAGGUUUCUACAUCAAUGGUACAGACUGCAUCCCAUGUGAUAUUGGGUCAUAUCAAGACCAGAAAUGGCAGCCGUCCUGUAUACCCUGCCCAGACACACCAGAGGGCGUGAAGACCUCCACUGAACAAGUACAGACCACAAACAAAACUCAAUGCAAACCAUUCUGUCUAGAUGGACAGCAGUAUAAUACCAAUUCCAGGCAAUGUGAGGAUUGUCCUCAGGGAUACUACAAGAACAACACAGAGGGUUUAUUUGACCAGUGUCGUAUAUGUUCAGCAGAGUUUGUCACUCCAUUUGUUGGUGCCAACUCCUCCAGCAUGUGUACACUGGGUAACUGCACAGUUGGUCAGUUUUCAAAUGCCUCAGGAGUAUGUGUGCCCUGUCCUCUGCAUACUUAUCAAGACACAAAGUGGCAGACCAACUGCACUUCUUGCGGCCCUGGAUUGAAGACGCUGACCACUGGAAGUGUUGAAUUGAAUGCCUGUAAAAGGGUUUGUCCACCAGGUCAGGAGUCAGUGUCAGGUGUAUGUGCCCCCUGUCCUCAAGGCUCCUACAAGAACAAUGAUGAUAUCAAUAGCACUUGUGUUCCCUGUGACAACACCACAUUGACCACCUCCAGGAAUGGGUCCAUAUCAAAUGAUAACUGUACAUAUACCAUAUGUCCAGCAGGUUAUGUGUUGAAUAAUAUGACCAAUAAGUGUGUGGAGUGUGGGUAUGGCUUCUACCAGCCUGUGUCACCACCUAUCUUUGAGAAGUGCCUUCCAUGUCCUGGCCAGAACCAGAGCACUUUGGUGAAAAAUGCCACUCAACCUUCUGAUUGUAGAGUCUUCUGCCCAGAUGGACUUGAGGAUGUGGGAGGUUUCUGCAGACCUUGUAGGAGAGGCUCUUACAAGAACAACACUGGGGAGAUGGCCAUGUUUCAGCCUUGUGAAGCCUGCCCAGUGGGCAUGACUACUAUUAACCAAGGCAGUACAUCUUCAGGGGACUGUAACAUAGCCAACUGUUCAGCAGGGUAUGAGCACACAGCAGACAGACAGAACUGUGUCCAGUGUCCAUACGGUCAGUACCAGGCUGAAGUGGAACUGGUCAAUGCCACCUGCAAGACCUGCCCUCAGGGACAGAGCACCAGGAACAAUGGUUCUUUCAGCAAUGCCGACUGUGAGGCAAACUGCAGUGCAGGCCUCAAACUCAGCACCAGUAGAACAUAUUGUGAGCCCUGUGGCUAUAAGAAGUAUCGCUCAGUGUCAUAUCCUAUCACAGAUCCCAUAGCCAAUCAAACCUGCCAGGACUGUCCAUCUGACAAAGAUACCCGUACUGCCACUGCCACAGACUCCUCUCAGUGUGAAGCCUUUUGCCCAGAUGGUCAGGAAGGCAAUGGCACCUCGUGUACAGCCUGCCCGAGAGGGUACUACAAAGAGAACUCAAAGACUCCCCUCUCUAAAUUCCUGCCCUGUGUGCUCUGCCCUAUUGACAAGAUCACUGCUGGUAAUGGCACCACCAGGGAAACAGACUGUAAUAUUGGUAAUUGUACUGCUGGCUAUUACAUCCAUAGCUCCAACAACAGCUGUGUACCAUGUCCACUGAAUUCCUACCAACCAGACAAAUGGCAGACCAGCUGUAUUCUCUGUCCUGAUAACAAAACUACAGCAACCAUGGCAACCACAGCACUGACAGAGUGCAAAUAUCGCUGUCCCCUGGGUCAGGAAGACCAGUCAGGCACCUGCCGACCCUGUGCCAUAGGAUCCUACAAAGACACGGAUGGCCCUGAGUCGUGCACUCCAUGUAGUAAUGGUCGGCUGACCAGGAACCAAGGCUCCACCAAUGAAUCUCAAUGUGACCAAGCAAACUGUCCACCAGGGACAAAGAAUGAGGCCAACACAUGUGCUGUGUGUUCAGUGGGGACUUAUCAGGACCAGAGUGGACAGUAUGCCUGCAUGUCCUGUCCUGUAUACACCAACACUGUCAACAGCAGCUCAACCUCACUGCAGGACUGCCUCAGCCUGUGUAAUGACAGCCUACCCACCAAGUACUGUGAGCAGGGCACUUGUCAGCUGAAGACCACUGGCCAGCCUGAGUGUAUAUGUAACCCCAACUAUGAGGGGGAGUUCUGUCACAUCCAUUCAGAUCUGAGGUCAGAGCUGUCCUUUGAAGCAGUUGUUGGCCUAAGUGUUGGCUUUGCUGCACUACUUACAGUACUGGGGAUAUUCGGCAUCUGUUACUUCUGCUUCAAAGUUAGAAAAACUGGAAAACCUUCAAAGGCCCUAUCAACAGCCUCAAGAAAUGGUUAUUUUUACAAUGGCUAUGGCCCAGAGGAUUGGAACUACUACAAUGGCUAUUACGAUGGCUAUGGCACGCCAGUAGGAGAAAAUGGCUAUGAUAACAGACUAGGACAAACAUCAGAGGCUAUGGCGUCCUACCCAUACCACCGCUCAGCUUACCAAUACUACGAGGACACUGACGGCCAACCGGUGGAUCUUACUGCAUUUGAAGAGACAUUGCACAGUGACUUUACUACUCCAAAAUCCUACUUUUCUAGAUAUAACUAGUCACAUUCUCUUGGCUAAGAUGACCAUGGCAAAUGAGAUUUGUUCUAUAUGUAUUUCUAUUUUUUUUUGUUUUGUUUUUUUAUUAAUCCAAACAAAGUUUAUUUUUAUCUGGAGGGUGAUAUUAUAGAACAGGAGUAAAUUUUGGCUGAAUGCUGCCUCAUUAUCACCUUAUCUAAACUAACAAGAAGAGAGAAAUCCAUAGCUGUUAUCAGACUCAUAAUGAUGACUUAUUAUUGAGUUAUAGACAUGAUGGAUUAUAUAUAACAUAUCCCUGAUGGGAGGUUAUAUGGUUUUUCACUGGUGAAUUUCAUAUCCAGCAUAAACUUGUAUUCCAUAUAUAUAUAAGACGGCAUGGGAAAUAACCUGAAAUACAAUGCUGCAAUCAGAUUUACGGAACAGAUUUGUAUCAGCAAAAGUUACUUAUAUAUUUUUAUGACAGUUUGUGUUGCACUGUUUGCAGUUUUAAACAAUAUCAUGUUUUAUUACUUUUUGUCACAUUAAUUACAUAGCAUUUUUCCAAGGUUUCCAGAGAAAAAUUUGUAUUUUUGUAUGCAGUAUGUAAAGUUCCAUUUUACUGAUAUGUGAUUUCAACAAACAAAACUGCAAUGUGUAAUAUAGCUAUCCAUGAACAUUGAUAUCCAGAUGCUAUGCAGGAUUAGCUAACUGUAAUACAUAUAGUCAAUCUGUAAGAAGUGAAUUUCUAAGUUAUUCAAGGUAUCUCUAUUAAGACAUUUUAUGUCUCUCUUUAUACAGUGUCACAUCAAGUAAAUACCUUUUUUAUGAACAAAUCAAAAUUUACAACAAUUUACUGCAAAUGAUUGUUUCAAUAUUUUUUUAUGUCCUAAUACAUGCACAUUAGAAAUAGAAGUAUUUUAGUAAGAAAAGAUAGAAAACACUUCUGGGGUAGACUUCACAUGUUAAAGUAUUUUUAUCAACAAAUGUAUAAUGCAUGUAAGUAAUUCUGGUAGUUAACUUUUGUAUGGGUUUUUAACAGUAUUAUUUACUUACAAUGGACAUUCCUAAAUAACAUUCCAAAUAAGAUACUAAUAUAUUUUAGUUGUUACACGUAUGACUCAUUAUACAUAUGAGAAAAGGAUUCAAAUGAAAUUAAUUUUACAUUUAAAGGACAUUGUUUCAGGAAUUGAGAUUUGAAUUCUGAAACCUCGAGUGAGAAUGUUUUAAAAGCUUUAAAAAUAAAAAUACCAUGUCACAGAACUCUAUUUGAUACUGCAUUGCCUC